AUUAAAUACACAUCUUUUUUUAUUUAUUUUUUAAUUUUUUUUUUUUGCGCCACAACGUUGUUAUUUAUAUUUAAUUGUUUUGUAACAACAACAACAACAGCAGCCGAGUUAAGUGCGAAAAGUGAAGUGGAGUUUGUCGGCGAGUGAAUGAGUGCGAGUGCGCACAAAAAUUGGAGCAGGUUCCAGAGAUCUUGAGAACUAGAGAUUCGCAGUUCGUAGGCUCCCGGGUUGCGACUUUGGCGGCGUUGGCGUUGCCCUGGCAAAGGAGCACGUACAAGUCGAGGAACCCACCUCCCCGCGGAUCGGUGACCACCACCUGUCGUUAAUUAAAUGUCAACAGAUUUGAAAGGCGGGGAGAAGGAAGAUUCAGACGAGUCCGAGGAGCCAAAUGAAUUGGAAUCGGAAUCGGAACUGGGACCAAACGAGCAGCCCAACGAAAUUGUGCAAAAUGUUUGACCGUCUGUCAAAUAAAUCAUAAGGAACAUAAGAAACAAUAAAAGUUCAGGAGGAGGAGGAGCAGGAGGAGCAGGAGGAGACAUCUGGAAGUUAAAAGAGAAACAAAUCUCAGAACCAAAAGAUACAAAUCAAGGAAAAUGGUUAAUGCGGUGAUGGAUGCCAUAGCGCUGCUCAGCUCGCUGGCCAGCGAUUUGGACAUAAUGCUAAACGAUCUUCGAUCGGCGCCGAGUCAUGCUGCAACAGCAACAACAACGGCAACAGUUGCAACUGCGACUGCAGCAGCAACAACAACGGCCAACCGGCAGCAGCAACAACAACAGCAAAUGCAAUCAAGGCAAUUGCAGGCACAUCAAUGGCAGAGCAUUAACAACAAUAAGAAUAACAACAUUAGUAACAACAACAAUAAUAGUAUUAAUAAUAACAAUAAUAACAUUAAUAACAAUAAUAAUAAUAAUAAUCACUUGGCACACCCACCUUGCCUGAUCGAUAUUAAGCUGAAGUCAAGCCGAUCGGCAGCAACCACAAUAACCCAUACAACAACCUCCAAUCAGCUGCAGCAACAACAACGGCGCCGUGUGGCACCCAAGCCGCUGCCACGCCCACCGCGACGUACCCGCCCAACGGGACAAAAGGAGGUGGGGCCGUCUGAAGAGGAUGGGGACACCGAUGCCAGUGACCUGGCCAAUAUGACGUCACCGCUGAGCGCCAGUGCAGCGGCCACUCGAAUCAAUGGCCUCUCGCCGGAAGUGAAGAAAGUCCAGCGGUUGCCGCUGUGGAAUGCGCGAAACGGAAACGGAAGUACCAACACCCAUUGCCACCCAACCGGCGUCUCUGUGCAACGCCGUCUGCCCAUCCAAAGUCAUCAGCAGCGAAUUCUAAACCAGCGAUUUCAUCACCAGCGACUUCAUCAUGGAACAAGUGAACCCAUUCCCUCUGGCGUAGCCACGCCCUCUUCCCUGGAUGCCGCCUCUGUGGAUGGCGGUAAAUCCCACACGGGCAACAAUAACAAUAUAAACAACAAUCACAAUGGCCAACAGUCACAAAAAUCUCAGCAACAGGCGGGUCUCGCCGCCAAGCUGAAUGUCCUGGCGCAGUCCAAUCUCAACAACAAUAACACGACCAGUCAGCCAGGAUCCAUGACACCAGCCACAAAUCGAACGGGCCUGGACUCGAAUCAAAAUCAGAAGCAAAAUCUGAAUGCAGAUAGCCGGCGGAGCAGCAGCGUCGAUCCGGAUGCGGAUGUGGAUGAUGUCGUGGACGCGGCGCAUGGUGGCGCCUUCGAGGACGACAUGCAGGCCCUGCUGCCCAAGUGCUCGCGUCGCUCCCGGGAUGAGCUUAGUCAGUCACGCACAUCUCUGGUGUCCAGUUCGGAGGGCGGCAUCCUGGCGGAGGGCGAGACAUCCAGCGAGGACGACGAGGAGGAGCCCGUGGAGGCGGAGGACGAGGGCGAGGAGAGCAGCCGCGAUUCCAGCGACAAUUCGCCGCCAUGCGAUCUGGGACUCAUGGAGCGCCUCCUGGUCACCCAUCCGAUGUGGUUCCUGCCGGGCAUCCAGCGUUCCGGGGCCGUUCAUCUGCUCCAGGGCAAGGAGGAAGGGACCUUCAUAGUGCGCGGUUCCAGCCAGCCGAAUACAAUGGCCGUUUCAGUGAGAUUGCCCCAGGAUACGGGGCCGUACAUCGAGCAUUAUCUCAUCCAGUCGCACGAUAAUGUCCUGAGCUUGGAGAGCUCGAGAUUCACGUUUGGAUCGAUACCCUCGCUAAUUGCCCACUAUGCCCAAUGUUGCGAUGAGCUGCCGGUGCAGUUGAUGUUGCCACGUGUCCUCCGUGAGGCGAACAAUCGAAAGAAGCUGAGUUCGCUGGCCCUGUUGGGUCAGGAGUUCUGGAGCUAUGUGAGUAGUCCGGCUCUCUUGGGUCCAACAACGCCAUCGGUGGCUCCGUCAAAGGAUCAGCACUUGCUGGAUGCCAAAUCGCCGCUCUCACUAACGGAAACCAGUGGUCUUGGCACUGCCACCUUCUUUAGCGAUGCCCUGUCCAAGCCACCGCCCACAGGGGCACCGCCACUGCCGGGUGGUGGUCUCUUCAGUCCCACCGGAAGUGGUCAAUUGCUGGGCUUCUUUAGCCAGGCGGGCACUCCAUCCGAUACGACGAACUCGAGCCUUAGCUCCUUCACCACCAGCGGAGGUCAGCACAUGCAGCUGCUGAGUCCGAAUUCUGUAGAUUCGGUAAUACUCACCAUGUCGCCAGUGGACAAUCCGGGGCAUUAUUUGCCCGGUUCGACGGGUGCUCCCAUGGCACCUUUAUGCCCAUCGGUUGUGGACCAACAGCUGAGCACCUUUAAAGUGGCCCAAACUGCGCCGGAAGUGGAUCAAGUGCGUCCACAGCGACCGAAGCCACCAAAUACGCUGAAUCUCAAGCCGCCGGCACCACCACUGCGUUGGUCAAAGCCCCAUUCUCCUGACCAGAAUGGAAGUGCCAAUGGCAAUUUUACGGUAACAACCACGGUUACCUUCUCGAUGGAGAACGGAGGUGGCGGCGGCAAUGGACCGACGGUUGGUAAUGGUAAUGGUAAAUUCGUGGAGGUUACUACGCCGGCGGCCAGUAAUCCCUUUAAUGCCCUACUCAACGGCCAGGCUAGCACUUUUCAGACAUUCGCCAAGCGAUUGUCGCCGGAGGGCGAGUGCAAGGACACGCUGUCCUCGCAGGGAUCCUCCUCCAACGAUGGUCGCUGGCCGCCGCCGGCCCGCAAGUUGCUCACCUCACCCAUGACCCCGCUGACGCCCAGUGGCGGCAGCAGCAGCAGCGGCGGCAAAUCCCGAAAGUCGCGAGCGGGCAAGGAGUCGCAGCACUACAAGGAGUCGGACAUCCUCGAGAGCCCGCCGAUGCAGUACUGCGCCAGUGCGCUAAGCGACAAGAUCAGCGACUACGAGGACGUCUGGUCGCACGAUCCCAGCGAUCGCGCCAGUCUGCUGACCAGUUUCCGCCCGGCAUUGGACACGGCGGGCGGCGUGAUGAACCGACGACCAGAUCUGCUGGCCGAGACUCCGAGCACUCCCACACCGACGCAGCAAUCUCACCUAACGCCCUGCGAGGAGGAAACCACUGCCACAGCCAACGAAUCCUCCAGCCAAUCUCUGCUUCAGUUCUCCGGCGAUGUGCCAGCUCGCUCUCGAGCAGGCCUGCUCUUGCCAAAUCUUUCGGGACAGGUGCCCCCUGUGGCCAUGACCCAAUCCAUGACGGCGGCUGAGGACGAUGGUGGCGAUACGACGCCCACGGCCGAAGGACAAGCCAACGGAGCCAGUCGCAGCAAGCAGGGCAGUCCGUUUUAUGCGGAACCAGCGGAUGCACUGCGUCAGGCGGGCCUGACCAGCGCAGCCACGGCCAUCUUGCGUCGCCAGCAUCGCAGUCAAAUGUUACACGCCAGCCAAAGACACUCGGAACCACUUAAAGCGGGCUUCGGAGGAUCCGGCAAUGGUGCAAUGCUGCAGCCCAGCGAUCUGGAGAAGCUAGCUGGCAGCCUGGACGAACUGAAGCCCAAACCGAAGGUUUCCCAGCAGCAACAGCAGUCGCAACAGCAACAGCAGCCCACCAAGCGGGCACGCAAUCGCAUCGAUCACUGGCAAUUGGACAGCAGUUGGGAGUUUAUGGCCAAGCAGGAUACGGGCAGUCAUGCUGGCGGGGAUUACGAUACGGCAGCCAUCGAUUGGCAGGAGAAGGAGAAUUCGCUGGGCCGGGAUAGCCGUGCAGAUGGGCAGGGAAAGAAGCGGACGCUGACCAUUCAUCAGAUCAUUGCCAAUCGAUUGCCCGACCUCAAUCUGCCAGAGCUGGUACGUUGCUCAACGCCCCCGCAAACGGCCGCCCUGCAGCCGCAUGUCCUGGGACAGGAUAAGGUCGGACUCGGAUGCGAUGGCAGCCAUAAGUCAUUCCAGAGCCAGAUCGGUUGCCGGCUCUCCUCCUACGACAACGUCUUCAGCCAGAACUCGUUCGGAGGCAUCGAUUCGGCGCAGUCCGACGAUGGCACCAUUUUCUCGGAGCCCUGGGACUCUUCCCAAUGGGACACCUUCCUGCCCCACGAUGACGCCACCAUCAAUUCGGACACCAUCCAUCUAUCCAAGUGCCGACCCGCUCUCUCAGAGGACGACACUAUUAUCGAGGAACUACAAAGCACCAAAGACGGCAGCAAUGGCAGCUGCAACCAGGACACACUCAAGGCGAACAGGAAUGGUGCUGGACACCACAAGCCCAACAACACCGGCAAUGGCAAGGCCAAUAGUCGACCCAAAGUGGCCACAAUUCUGCGGAACCCCAGCAUGCGGGAUCGUGAAGUCUUAUGUCACCCCCGCAACAAGAUGAGCAUUCAGAGCUGCGGACCCGGCGAUUCUUUGAGGGCAUACACCCUUCAAUUGGCCCAGGAUCCCAGCUCGACGUUUGCCCGCAACAUUGAGAACUUCAUUUGCUGCACCAAGGAGUCCCGGGAGGCGGCGCCCCAGGUCGUGAUGCGAAAUAUGCGCCAGUUUAUGAGCGGCAUGAAGAACUAUCUGGUGAAGCAUGGCGAGGGCAAGUUCCAUGCGGAACUGGAGACGGCGAGGGCGCGACUCAAGUCGGAUGAGUUUCUCAACCUGGACGCCAUGCUGGAGACGGUAAUGCACCAGUUGGUGGUGCUGCCGUUGCGGGAGCACCUCUAUGGCAUUUUCGUCGAUCACUAUCAGCGCAGCGAGGAUAUCCAAUUGCUGGCGCAGAAUGUGCGCUACGCCUGCGAACGGGAGGCUGCCGACUUUGGCAUCAGGCCCACGGUAACGCCGCCAUCACAGGCUGCCCUGCGGCUCAUCGCUAAUCUGCUGUGGCGUCUCCAGGAGGCCGAGUUGCCGCUCGACAAGUUGGAGCUCUUCCUGUGCGUCAUCUCGACGGUAUUUGACGCCACCGGCUGUCCGCGUGGCCAGCAGCUGGGCGCCGACGACUUCCUGCCCGUACUGGUCUAUGUGGUGGCCAAGUGCGGAUUUGUGGGCGCCGAGAUCGAGGCGGAGUUCAUGUGGGGCCUCCUCCAGCCGACGCUGCUUAACGGGGAGCCGGGCUACUACCUGACCGCCCUCUGCAGCGCUGUCCAGGUGCUCAAGACCUUCAUGGCGUCCGAGGGGGAAAGCGGCAGCGGAUCCCUGGACUGGCGCUCCAGCUGCCUACCCGCCUGCUCCAGCGUGCUGCGCGUGAUCAUACCGGACGAGUGCAACGGAUCCCUACAGACGAGGACACUUCCGGUGCGACCACACACCACCACCCGUGAGGUGUGCCGCAUCAUUGCGCACAAGGCGCGCAUCACAAAUCCGCAGGACUACGCGCUCUUUAAGCUGGUCGAUGGCGAGGAGACGCUGCUGACGGACGCAGAGUGUCCGCAGGAUGCCCGAUUGGCGGCCAAGGGAAAGCAUUGCAUGCUGGCCUACAAGCGGAUCGAUGCCAAAAUCGCCUGGCCGACUGCCCAGCUGGCAGGACACUGAAUCAUCAGCUCGGGGAUGCGCCCGAUGCACACAUACGACAUACCGCCCCGCCCGCUCUGCCCUUCUUGCUCACUAACCAAGCAUAUUUGAUUAAUAAUUUAUUAUUAUUACAUUAAAAUAUACUUAGUAGCCUGUAAGUAAAGCUAAUUAAUGCUAAUUAGAAAACAUCUAAUGUGUACUAAACAUCAGUAUUGAGUUAAGUGUGUUUUUUUUCCUGACCCACGGGUCAAGCCCCCUUUUUUUUGCUAAUAAAUGUACUAUGCGAAUACAUAUACA